CACGGUGGGGCACACGAGACUUGGCUAGCUUGUUUCAACAAUGUUAGAAAUGGCCACAUGGGAUCCUGGUCGGCGGAUUUGAAUAAAGCUGGCCAGUGGUUACAAAUUAACCUUGAGGAGGAGACUGGUGACAAAACUCAACACACAGGGAAGGCCUUCCUUGUACCCUCUGCAAUGGGUAACGUCAUACAAAAUUUGUCUAGUUCAGACAGUGUCAAAUGGGAGGAAUACAAGGAAAAUAAUGUUGUGAAGGUAUGUGAUGGUGGAUUUCUUCCUCGAGUCCAGGUUUAACUUAGCUUGCGGUGUAGUAGGAGUCGGAGUAGUAAGCGGAGUCGCAACAUCGUUUAUAACCUGGGAAAAAUAAAAAAUCGGACCGGACUCGUAAUCGGAGUUAUCAAAGCAAUGGAGCCGGAGCCGGAAGAAUCUAAACGUUUCCGUUUUCUUCCGACUGUGCUUAAUAUUAUAUAACUCCGUCGCUUACGAUCUAGCGAAAAUCAGAUUGUCGGAGUUGGACGCAGAAACGAAAGAAUGAAUCAAUCACAAUGCUCAUUCCCACACUUUGCGUUUGCCUACUUUCUUCCACCUCUACUCCCCGGAAGGGAUUUGUUUUAAAAAGUUAUUAAUAACAUUUUCAAAAAUCCAGCCUUAUUUAUUUAUUUAUUUAUUUAUUUAUUUAUUCAUUUAUUUAAAACAGUUGACUAGUUAGUUAGUCAAUUCGUUAGUUAGUUAGUUAGUUAGUUAGCUACAGUUAUUUGCCAUUCGCCACUUUAAAACGAGAAGGAAACUGAGUCGAGUUAACGUUUGCAAAGACUUCUGGGACCGUUACCAGCUUGGGACAGGGAAAAAGAUUGGCCAAUAGCUGACUUGCAAGCUCCCAGUAAGGAUCCCAGACACAUUUGUAGCACGCAUUUAAUUUCGGCUCUGGUUCCCUAAUUGUUCCUAAAGUCACGAAUUGAAAUAUUGCUUUGGCCUUUCCUAAUAGGUGUCUCUAUUGAGAAUCAAAGUCUGACUUUAAGAAAGAAUGCUUCUCUGUAAACGUUGUUAUUGAAUGAAUCCAUUUCAAAGUGAUGAAUUUUAAGCAAUUGUUUCCUUUUCAGGUUCGCACAGCGAAUUAUGAUCGCAACACC